AUGAAGAACACACAGAUAAAGCACACCUUCCCCUGCACGGCCAGGUCUCCCGCGUAUCUCAGCCCCGUUGUUAUAACCCUGUGUUCCCCCCUCUGGGGCCAUGGUGCGCCUCGCUCAACCUUCUCUUGGAUGUCUCGCUACCUCUCUUCAGCCAUCGAGGGCAUCAGCCAAGAGCGGAGCCACCGUGACUCAAGAAUGGACGGUCUCAUCGUCCCCCAGGAAAAUGAUUUAUUAUCAACAGAGGAACAAUGGAAGUUGCAACAUUGGAAGAUGCAUGCAAAGCACCAUGGCUGUGAAGCAAUGCAUAUGGAGAUGGCUCUUGUUCUCAUUGCAGCCUUGGUUGUUGCCCAGAUGAUUGUGCUUGUUCAGUGGAAGCAAAGACGCUGUUGAACAUAGAGUUUAGUCACACUGCUGCAGAUGUGGGUUGUUCAUCUUUAUUUCACUGUCAGAUUUUACUGGUGGAGAUCCCUGCCCACGUGGGGAAUGGUCUCAGUUAUUACCAGUUACAUCAAUUUCAGAGCAACCUGCAAGCCUCUCUUGGGAAGAACACCACAGUUGGUCUACAAAUGGUUCCUCCUGAUCUGAGUUGAUCUGAGUUAUGCAAUUGGGAUUGUGGGUUAUCUAGCCAUAAUGUUUACCAUGUUUGGAUUUAAUUUAUUCUUUAGAACGGAGUCUGAUGACUCCAUGGAUUUUGCUGUGACACUGCUUUUUUAUGGACUGUACUAUGGAAUGAUGGGAAGAGACUUUGCAGAGACUUGUUCUGACUACAUGGCCCCCACCAUCAGUUUUUACAACAUCAGUGGCAUACCAACAACAAAUUUGUCCAACAACAUCUGUGCAGUCUGCACACAGAAAAUUUUUGUGGAUAUAAAUGAAGAAGGGAUCAUCGAAAAUACCUACCAGCUGUCCUGUAAUCAUGUGUUUCAUGAAUCCUGCAUCUGUGGUUGGUGCACUGUUGGCAAAAACCAGACUUGCUCACACUGCCCUGAAAAAGUUGAUUUGAAGAGGAUGUUAAAUAAAAUUAGGUGGAAUGCACACAUAUUGUAUGGAUGACUUUUGGACUGGCUCUGCUAUCUGGUGGUUUGGCAAUCAGUUGUUAUAGGCAUCGUCCAAGGCAUUAAUUACUCACUGGCUCUAGAACAGGACUCAGAUCAUUAG